CUCAAUUUAAUACCAUGUAGAUCUGCUUCCAACCCACUCCUUUCAGACAUCCUUCCGAGCCCCAUGCCCUUACACCGUCGAAAUUUCUGAGCUUGAUCUCGGCUAUAUUUCCCAAUUCGUCUUUUGAACAAUCUGUCGUUUUAAUCUCUACAAUGUCCUCCCUUCGUCCAGAUCCGACCUCCAGAAUUCACCCGGAGCCGGAUGUGGUCGAAAUUGAUCAUUUCGAUCGCCUCCCAGAUUCUCUGCUUCUCCUCGUCUUCAACAGGAUCGGCGAUGUCAAGGCCCUAGGUCGGUGUUGUGUGGUUUCCCGGCGAUUCCACUUUCUAGUGCCCCAGGUUGAAAACGUCGUCGUUCGUGUGGACUGUGUUAUAUCCGACGACGAUUCCUCUUCUUCUGCGGCCUCGUCAGACAAAUCUCGCGGCCCCUUCUCUUAUCUAUUUAGGGUAGUGUUUGGUGGGAUUGUGAAGCCCCUUCAAGCUCUGGGUCAGUUGUUAGGGCCCAGAAGGGCUUCUGUGAGUUCAGGUUCUUCGUCUUCGUCAUCCUCGCUUGCUGUUGGGAGUGAAGACGUGGAAGGCCAGCAAGGCGGUGUGACCCAUCACUCCCCUACUCAAGUUUUGAAGAAUUUCAACGAGAUUCGGUUUCUUCGAAUCGAGCUACCCAGUGGGGAAUUAGGAAUAGAUGACGGGGUUUUGUUAAAAUGGAGAGCUGAUUUUGGGUCAACUUUGGAUAAUUGUGUAAUCUUAGGCGCUUCUUCGGUCAUUCACCCAAGAAAGUCUUUGAAUUCUCAGGAUGGGAAUUCUGAUGCCUUAUGCGUCAACUAUGGCGGUGAUGACAAUGGAAGCAUACCUGAUUCUUUUUACACAAACGGGGGUCUGAAACUUAGAGUUGUUUGGACAAUCAGCUCUUUGAUUGCUGCUUCAGCAAGGCACUACUUGCUGCAGCCAAUCAUUUCAGAGCAUAGAACAUUAGACAAUUUAGUUUUGACAGAUGCUGAUGGGCAGGGUGUGUUAUACAUGGAUAGGGAUCAGUUGGAGGAGCUGAGGGUGAAGCCUCUUUCAGCUUCUUCAGCAUCAAAGAGGACUCUUGUUCCUGCCCUCAGUAUGAGGCUUUGGUACGCACCCUACAUAGAAUUGCCAGAUGGGGUUGUUUUGAAGGGCGCAACUCUUGUUGCAAUUAGGCCAAGUGAGCCAUCCCCCAUGGGGAAGAAGGAAAUGUCUGAUUUGUCUUGGGUUUCAACAGCAUUUGAAGAGCCUUAUGGGACUGCUGUGAGGAUGCUGGUGAAGAGGAGGACUUACUGUCUCGAGAUGAACUCCUUCUAAUUCGAGUAAUAGGAUAGAAGGUAAAUUUUAUUCUUCGCUUACUGUGCAAGUUUUGUGUUUCCUAUUCAACCUUUAUAAUAU